AUGGAUUUCAUCCUUCUUCCUGAUGCUUCCAUCGUACCAGUGCAUGCAAUUGCAUGUAUAGGAGAUGCUGCGCGGCGUCCUCGAGCGGAGAAGAUGAUCGAAGCCAGGCAUGGACUCUACGAAUCGACUCGCGAGAAAAUGGCAUUGCCACCACCUUCUAUUUGUGUAAUGACGCACUCAAAAGUGGUGCUACCAUUAAAACCGAAGACUGUGUGUAUCCUAAUCACCGUAUUCACAAUGGGUAGGGUGGGUGAAGUUAGUUCAACUCUAGUACCUAACGUGGGCCCCGUUAUAGCAGUGAGCAAGCAUUGUGAGAGAGGAGGAGAGGAGGACUUCUUACGCAGUCACGGCUUUCUGCUGGCCUCGAGCCUCCUGGGGGAUGCUGCCGAUUGGUUCGCAGUUCCACCACCACCACCUUCACCCCUCGACCGUGUGGUCUUUAAUUCCAGUUCCAAGCUCAGUGCUAAUGAUAUGGCUGCACUCAAUGGAGAUGAAGACGAAGACGCUGCUGAGUAA